GCGUCGCUGUGACGUCACGUACGCGACGCUCGUUUGUUUAUCAACCAACUUAGAACAGAAUCUCGUCGUGUUCAAACAUUCGGCAAAAGUUUCGAGGGAUAUACCCGCGGGUCAUAUCUUAUUCAUUCGAUUUAUUAAUAUCUCGACUUAAACCACCCUUUUGAUCCGCGGUAGGUCGUAUUUAGUGUUUCCCGCGUGCGUUGUGCCAUAUUGAAUUUAAACCCAGAUUAGGCUAACGUUACAAAAACUGCUGACAGGGUGGUUUGGUGAGAGAAAGCGGUCAGCAUGUCGUCUUUCUCCGAGUCUGCGCUGGAGAAGAAGCUGUCUGAACUGAGUAACUCGCAGCAGAGCGUUCAGACUCUGUCUCUGUGGAUCAUUCAUCACCGCAAACAUGCAUCCUUCAUCGUGCGUGUGUGGCACAGAGAAAUGAAGAAAGCUAAAAGCAGCAGGAAGUUGACGUUCCUGUAUCUGGCUAAUGACGUGAUUCAGAACAGUAAGAAAAAGGGUCCUGAGUUCGCCAAAGACUUUGAGGGCGUCCUGGUUGAUGCCUGCUCACAUGUGGCCAGAGACGGAGAUGAUGGUUCUAAGAGGCAGAUGGAGAGGUUGCUGAACAUCUGGCAGGAGCGGAACCUCUACCGUGCAGACUUCAUCCAGCAGCUCAAACUGGCUAUCGAGGACUCAGACAGCCCCAAACAGAAGCCCGCAGCAGAUGAUAGAAAAAAAUUGAAGAGAAGCUACCAGAAGGUCCAGGAGGAAGAGGAGGAGGAAGAUGAUGAUUACAGAGGUCACUAUUCUCCCCAGGAGACGGACGCAGCUGCUCCACAACUGACGGAGGAGCUGGUGAAAGCGCUGCAGGAUCUAGAGAACGCUGCGUCCGGUGACGCUGCUGUGAGACAGAAGAUCGCAUCACUUCCACAGGAAGUGCAGGACGUUUCUCUUCUGGAGAAGAUCUCAGAUAAACAGGCGGCUGAUAAGCUGUCAAAGACGGUGGACGAGGCCUGUCUGCUGCUGGCGGAGUAUAACGGACGCCUGGCCGCUGAGUUAGAGGACCGGAGACAGCUGGCCCGAAUGCUGACAGAAUACAUCCAGAGCCAGAGAGAUGCGCUCAACGAGAGGGAGAAGAAGCUGGAGGAAUACAAGCAGAAACUGGCUCGCGUCACACAAGUGAGGAAGGAGCUGAAGUCUCACAUCCAGAGUCUUCCAGAUCUUUCUCUUCUACCGAGCGUCACCGGCGGUCUGGCUCCUCUCCCGUCUGCUGGAGAUCUGUUUUCCACUGACUGAACAUCUCUGAGACUCACAGACACUGGGCUCCUCCUCACGGACAGUAACAUCAGUAAUGGAGCGAGUGAGGAAGAUCUGCUGUCACCAGCUCAGCUUUCACACGUUUGUUUUUCAGUAGUUCUCAUGCCCGCAAA